UCUAGGGCUUGCCUGGCCACUGGAUGGGUCUGAAAGCUCCAGUCACAAGGAGCUCAGUGACUUGAGGGCAAAGCGUGAUCACAGAGAAUUUGGCCAAGAUGCCAAGACCCUGAGGAGCAGGGAGGAUGUUCAGUCAGGCCCAGAAGGGAACAGUUCUCUGACAAAGCAUUUCUCCAGUCAGGAGGUGCAGGUUGAGCAAUGGGCUGACACCAGCUGAAACAACAGCCUGGGAGGGAGGAGCGGGAUGCAAAACCACGAGGAUAUCUCUUGAGGUCAGCAAGGAAAACAGAGUUUCUUACUGGGAAGAAAAAAGAAGCCAGAAUUGCAGCAUUGUUACUUAACCCAGGAAACUUUGUUCAACCAAGACCAGCAGGCUCAGUAUGACCACACAAAAAAUGCUACCAGGCUUUUAUUGGAAUUCCUGAGUGCCUGCACGCCUGCCUCAGCCAGGUUUAACUAGCAGUGGACUCUGCCUGGAAAAGGCAGUUCCUGCAUUCCUAUCAGGUGCGAGGAUCAGGAUUGAGCAACAGCACCUCCAAAAGCAACCAAACCUCGAGGGCGAGGAAUUGGGAAGUGAGUGGGAUCUCUUCCCAACCAUCACAUGACUUUUAUUCAUGCUCCUCCUUGAGGAUGAGGUCUGGAAUCACCCAUUAUGAGACCCUCAACCACACCAGUCCUCCUUCUGGCUACAACCAUCCAGGCUCCUGGGAGCAACCAGAGUGGGGCUGUGGGACAACCACAGCCAUCCUACACUGUCCUCAAGUUCAUGGAGAGCUUCUGCCUGCUGAGUGCUGCCUGUGGGAUGGUGGGGAACGGCCUGGUCCUGUGGUACCUGGGCUUCCGCAUCCGCAGGAACCACUUCACCGUCUACAUCCUGAACCUGGCGGCCGCCGACUUCGGGUACCUGCUGUGCAUCGCCGUGGAGACCGUGCAGUACCUGAUGCAGUUCAACGUGGGGGUGCAGUUCGGGAUAUUCCUCUUCCUGGAUCUCUUCAUGUACGGCACGGGCCUGUACUUGCUGACGGCCAUCAGCAUUGAGCGCUGCCUGUCCGUGCUCUCCCCCAUCUGGUGCCGGACACACCGCCCAAAGCACCUGUCUGCCGUGGUGUCCGGCCUGCUCUGGGCGCUGUCCCUGCUCCUGAACACUCUGGGAUAUGUUUUGUGCACUGCCCGCCCCUCUCCCAGAGUCUGCCAGCACCUGCUCAUCACCAUCGGAGCCUUGGACUUCCUCGUCUGCACCCCCCUCAUGCUGCUCUUCAGCCUCACCCUCUUCCUCAGGGUCAAGUGCAGCUCCCAGCCCUUCCAAACGGGCCGGCUCUUCACCGUCAUCAUGCUCACCAUCCUCCUCUUCCUCAUUUUCGCUGUGCCCCUCAGCAUCCUCAUCCUCCUGGACUUCCUGGGCCACAAGUUUCUGUAUUCCCCGGAGAUCGGCUUCGUGCUGUCCUGCGUCAACAGCACCCUCAACCCCGUCAUUUACUUCCUGGUGGGAAGCUACAGGGAUCGGAAAUUCAGGCUCACCCUCCGCCUGGCAUUCCAGAGGGCCUUCCAAGACUCGGGAGAUGACAGAGAUGAGAGGGAAACCCGGGACACGAUAACCAUGUCCUCCUAAAAUCCCAUUCAGAAUUCCUUGGAAUGUAGAAAGGAAUUUAGAAUCCCUUGGCAGAACUGAAGAACUUCGAGGUACCGGGGGAGGUUCAUCUCACCUGACCCUCAGUACCCUCUUUGUAGAUAUUUUAGGUCAUUAUUUUAAGUCCCGUCUGUGAUCCUUGAAAGAACAGGAGCACCUGGACCACAGAAUAUUCCUGACCUGUAUUUGGACCACAUUAAAAGUUCCUUUUUCUGUCCAGUGACUAUUAAAUAAUAUUCAUUUGA